AUGUCUGUGAACGGGAAAGAAAACGAAAGGUUUGGAGUGCAGAAAAUGACAGAGGCCAUCGACCAGGUUGCGGACUCUGCAAAUAACUUGAAAGAGGAGGCUGCAGCUUUGGCGCGUCAAAAAGGUUGGACAGAGCCUCAACGCUACGAUUAUGACACGUACAAUGCGGAUCCAAAGCCUGGUGAGGGUGCUGGCUUAACCGAUCUCCCUGAGUGGGCUUCCAAUGCCGCGAAGUACGAGUGGAAGGAGGAGUAUGGCGAUGUGGGUCCUCGGAAUGAGGAGCUUGAGAAAAUGCUUUUCCACGAUGAGUACCUGAACCGCGCGGGGAACAAGUUCGAUCGCCUUCGUGAAGUCAAAGUUACGGCAGAAACAACCCAUCAACCCGAUCCUGUGAAGAACUUCGAUGAUGCAGGUUUGCAUCCGGUUAUGCGUGAGAAUAUCAAGCUAUGUGGCUAUAAGGUUCCCACACCAAUUCAAGCGUACGCCAUUCCAGCAGUUUUGACCGGGAACGAUCUCAUUGCCGUGGCCCAAACAGGUUCCGGCAAAACUGCCGCGUUUCUAAUACCUGUCUUAUCCAAAUUGAUGGGAAAGGCAAAGAAGCUCGCCGCUCCUCGUCCAGACCUGGGCAAUGGGUUUAACGAAUCAUUGGACUGUGUUCGAGCGGAGCCUCUAGUCCUUAUCGUGGCCCCAACCCGCGAACUGUCAACUCAAAUCUUUGACGAAGCUCGCCGUUUGUGCUACCGUUCUAUGUUGCGGCCCUGUGUUGUGUAUGGCGGUGGUCCAACGCGUGAACAGCGCCUUGAACUCCAGAAAGGAUGCGAUGUCCUCAUCGGGACACCAGGGCGUCUUCUUGACUUCAUGGAGAAGCCGCACAUCCUUUCUCUUCAUCGUGUCAAGUACACCAUUGUUGACGAAGCGGAUGAAAUGCUUCACUCUGAUUGGGAAACCGAACUAAGCAAGCUGAUGUCUGGUGGAGGUACUUAUACGAAACAAGCUAGGAUAAUUACUGAAUGCAGGAACUUUCUGACAAUGAGUAUAGAUACCAACGAAGAUGCAGAUCAUCGCUAUAUGAUGUUCUCCGCGACUUUCAACAAAAGUUGUCGUGAACUUGCCCGCAAAUUCCUUGCGGCGGACCACGUCCGUAUCCGCAUCGGCCGUGCUGGAAGUGCCCAUCUGAAUGUGAGCCAGAACAUCGUCUACGCGGAAGACCAUUUGAAAAAGCAGGCCCUGUACGACUUGCUUAUUUCCAUGCCCCCCUCCCGUACCCUUGUUUUCGUCAAUACGAAGGCCCAAGCCGACCUAAUCGACGAUUACCUGUACAAUAUGGGCCUCCCCAGUACAUCUAUUCAUUCUGACCGUACCCAGCGCGAACGAGAAGAUGCCCUACGUGCAUUCAAGACAGCAAAGUCUCCCAUCAUGGUUGCUACCGGUGUUUCUGCGCGUGGCCUUGAUAUAAAAAACGUCAUGCAUGUUAUCAACUUCGACAUGCCCAGCGCCACUCACGGGGGAAUCGAGGAAUAUAUCCAUCGAAUCGGACGCACUGCCCGUAUCGGAAACGAAGGACUCGCUACUUCUUUCUACAACCACGAUCGUAACAGCGACAUUGCAGCGGACUUAGUUAAGAUCUUGUUAGAGUGCAAGCAGCCCUUGCCUGACUUCCUCGAGUCCGAGAAACCAGAGGGAGAUGACGUUCGCUUCAACGAUGAUACGGAUGACGAAGACGAAAAAACUGACGGGGGGGAUGCUUCUGGGGGGGAUGGAUGGGGGCCUGCGCCAACCCCUACUACUUCUGCGGAGCCAGAAGCAGCGCCAGGGUGGAACACCGAGAAUCCUAGCAUUGGCUGGUAG